AUGGAGCAGUCGCCCAGUGCUAUUCGCGACGCGAAAGACCACAUCACUGAAAUAAGAAGCAAGAGAAUAGUCCGUGACAACGACACAAGAGGUAGCAAUACCGACGUCUUGAAGAGAACAUUAGACAUAAUUGCGGAGAGGCUAUAUCAAAAGUCGACUCACUUUCUCUUGGAGCUCAUUCAAAAUGCCGACGACAACCAUUUUAAGACAAGGUUCCCAACUCUCACAUUCAAAUAUGCGAAUCGAAUCCUGCAAGUCGGCUGCAAUGAAACGGGGUUCACCCGCGAAAAUGUCGACGCCAUUUGCACUGCAGGCGAUAGUUCGAAGAUUGGGGUAAACCAGGCGGGGAGAUACAUUGGACAAAAGGGCAUCGGCUUCAAGUCGGUGUUCAAAGCGACGGAUGUAGUAUGGAUACAAUCGGGACCUUAUUCCUUCAAAUUCGACAAGACUCAGCCUCUAGGCAUUAUUACUCCUAUUUGGGCCGACUUUCCCGGCCAAGUUGGUGCUUUGGAUGAAUCGGCGAAGACGCAGUCAGGCUACACUAGCUUUUAUCUGAAACUGUCGGAAGAUUACAACGAGGAGGAACUAGUCAAGGAUUUGUGCUCCAUUGAUUCAAGGCUGUUGAUCUUUUUGCAGAAGUUGAGACGCAUAAACCUGCAGGUGGCUCUGAAGGACGGCAAGAUACUAAACAAGAGGCUUGAGAAACUGGAUGAGCCUACCACCGCUGAUGGGCAUUGUUUACUCAAAGAGAACGAACAAUUUAUCGAUUAUACGGUCAUCAGGCAUACUAUGGCACUGUCGAAAAGCCAGGAUCAUCCUCCAUCAGAAAUCGUGCUUGCAUUUCCAACCUCUGCAAGCACUGAUCUGGGGUCUGUAUCACAGGAUGUAUACGCUUUCCUUCCAAUUCAGCCUUAUGGUUUUAGUUUUCUAUUGCAAGCGGACUUUGCCCUUACGGCGAAUCGCGAAGACAUCGACAAUUCCAAUACAUGGAAUUACAGCAUUGUCCUCGACCUCCAGCACGCAUUUGUUGCCGCUAUUAAAACUAUCGCCACCAAGAUGCUUCAAUAUGAUUGGCCAUUAUAUAUUCCGCUCGAUUCUCGCUCUGACAUCUUUUCAUUAUUCCGUUCCGCCGUCUUGACCAGACUCAAGGCGGAAAAGGUUCUUCAGUCAUAUUCAAAGGAUUUCUUCAUGCCAGAAUCUCUCAUUUAUGUACCUAAAGAAUAUUUGGACAGCAAAGGCAUUCCCUUUACUUUGGGGGAACACACCCAGGCCAAAUACCUAGCUCCUGUGUAUAAUGAGACCGCUCUACCAGCGCUGGAGAAACUCGGCGUGCAGAAACUAACCUUCGACACCUUUCUCCACCAUUUAAGCUCUCUUAUUAAAGAUAAUUUUGAGGCAUUCAGGAGUAAGGACGACGACUGGCACUCUGAUCUUGCAGCGGUUCUUGUUCCCCACGUUAACAAUACGACGUUCAAUGCGAGGAUGAAGGAGCUUCAAAUUGUUCCUUUGCGAGGAACGAAGAAGUGGAUUAGUUCUAACAAGAACACGAUUUUCUUCUCUAAGAAUGAUAGCAAUUUUGAAGUCCCAGGGGGCGUGGAGAUGUUGGUGGUACGGCAAGACGCGGAGGCGGACUUUAAUCGGCAACGGCUACUCAGUGGUCUUGGAGUCAAAUCAUUUGAUACCGUCAAUGUCCGUCAACUUAUUCUGGACUUGCACGCCGAUGAAGCACGGAUUUCCAAGUUAUCUUUGGAUGAUCUGGUCUCCCAGGCCAAGUUUCUAUACGAGUCCAAUUGGGAACCGGCCCAGAUUGCAAAUAUUUGGUUCAUGAGUGAGAAUGAAAAUCGUCGCAAGGGCUCAAUGCUCUACAUCGAUGCAAAUCCGCGUGAAAAGCUCUCGGCUGCAAAAUUAUUGGCAAAUUGCAGAGUCGACGUUGAAUUUCUACAUCCGCAAUACCUGUCGGUAUUCCCCAAACAAUCUGACGCCUGGAAAUCAUGGCUUCAAAAGUACUUUGGUCUCGCCCAAAUUCCUCGGCUUGUUUCUAAGUUACCGGAUGGUUCGUUCCAUCUAUCCGAAGACUUCAAAUUUUUGUUCAACGAGUUCCCUUCGUCAGAUAUUCUCAUUCUUCUUCGAGAUAAUUGGGAACACUACUCGCGCUGGAUUGAAGAGGACCCCAAAGACAAAAUCACCGAAUCGAUCUUCAAUCGGUCUAGGAGAAAGCUCAUCGCAGAGCUUGGGAGCAUGCCUGUCCUGUGUAAGGACGGCAAGAAACAUCAAUUGAAGCAAACAUCCCUCACGGACAUCGACCCUGAUAUCUCAGCCAGUGAGAUUGGAUUUAUUCUCGACGUACCUGUGCCCUCGAAGCGCGCUUGGAGGGUGUUGCAGCAACUUGGUGUUUCUGUGGAACUUAAUGUUUUCUUCUACUUCCAAUGCAUACAGAAUAUGAUGUCGUUUGAAGUCUCUGAAGUUGCUAUGAACCUCCUAUACCUGAAGAUACAAGGUCGGAUAGAUGAACUGGAUCGAGAUUUGAGGGACUUUAUAAAAACCCAAAACUUCAUCUACAUCCCGGCGCAAGGAGCGAGGAAGUUCAAGUGGGUUAGGGCGAAGGACUGUAUUUGGAAUGAGACGAGUCACUCCAACUCCGAUGUAUGCUCGCUCGCCGGAUUCUAUCGAGCGUGCAAACGAUUGUUCUGUCAAGUCGCCGGAGUUCGUGACAACGAGGUUGACUUGUACAUCUCAGAAGCCAAAAAGAUCAAUGAUCAGAGCAAAUCGACUGAGAUUUCCGGCUUGUUUCUCAAAAUUAGCGAAGUGCUGAGAUGGGACCACACGCGAACGACAGCGGAUGUUGUUUACGGACUGUUGGAAGACAAGAUCUUUCCAGUCAAGAUUGAAGAAGACGGCUCUCAAUUCCAUCAUCUAAGCACUGCCGGCGACCGCGAAAAUUGGUAUAUUGCAGAUGAUAUUCAACAAUACCAAAGCUUCCACAAGAAAAUUCCACUGCUGGCAUUCCAAAUUGACGAAAUUUCUCAGAUGGAGAAUCUUUUUGACAUACUUCGUCUCGGCCAUCGAAAAUUAUCGACAAUAGCAAAGAGAAGGAUAAAUGCGACAGGUGAUAUUAGCAUCCACCAAGAGUACACAGAAAGCCUGAGAACGAAAAUGAACUACAUUGCCCGCUUAAUGCCACGAAUAGUUUUUGAUCGAGAAGAUAUCUACUCCCUACUCUGCAACACUCUAGUAUGCCAAGUCACAACUGUCAAACAAGCAUGGUCUAUUCUUGCGGACGGACGGGAAAUCAGAGGUCGUGCCAGCAAUACUAGAGUUGCAGAAAAGAUAGAGGAUGGCUGGCUGUUUAUCUUUAUGAUUGAGAAGGACAUCUUGGCUGCUUCUCCACCGUACGAACUGGUGGAGAUCUUGGCACGCAUCUGCCACAUAAGGAGCCUCAAGCACACGAGCCUUUUGCUUUCGACCUUGAGCUUGCCAAACGAGAGUGAGAUUCGGGGUCUGUUUCUCAGACAAGCAGUUCCUGAAGACCGUGGAUUCGUAGAGUUUAUGAGGAAACGAGGAAACCGCAUGGUCCAGAGGCGGCCACGCCGCGACAAGUUGUUCGAUGUUGAAGAGAUUCCGGAUGUAGCAAGAGAUCCGCCAAACGCCCAAAGCUCGGGACAUCAGGCCAAGGGCACAAGAAAAGGAGACCAGCGCGGUGUGGACAAUAAGACAUCUCAAAAUGUGGCUGAGAAUAAUUCUCAAAUCCGGUGGCAGAAGAUUGAAGUGCCUGACCGCAAGACAACUUUUGGCUCGGCAAAUCAUGGGAGCAAGCCUGAUGCAGAUAUGCGAGACUACGUCAACGAAGCUGGUAACCUAGGACAUGAGUUCCAAGACAUCACCGAUCCCUUCGACGCAGUUCCCCAGUUUGGAGAACACCUAGGCGAGACCCUCAAUCCACAGCAAGGAGAGCAUAUUCCCAACGGGCAGAAUUUUCAACCUUUGAGCACCUCUAAUGGCAACUCCAAAAAAUCUACGGAUUCUAAAGACGGGGCUGUAGGCGAGAAGAAGCCCCAGAAUCCGUCUGCGGUAAGCGACGGUGACUCUCAAGAGCCAGGUCCAAAGUGGGAGAACAGCGUAGCUCCGCCGGAUAAGUUUCUACGGCGAUCGAAAUUUAGGUUGCUUCAUGAUACACUCAGAAGGGAAUCGUCUGAUAACGACCAGUAUUUGGGGGAACUCAUCACCUCGAACUUUCUCAAAAGAAGAGUGAAGAGCUAUAACCCACAUCAGCAUUGGACUAGCCCAAUGAGAAAAAGAGCCGGAUACUCUUCUUUCAAAAACAAGGAUGACUCACAUUCAACGUUUACCAUGCCCAGGAACUCACAUGAUGUGAACGACCUCUUUAUUCACCAGGGGUAUUCCAAUGCUGAAAACUGGACCCUCGAUCCGCCACAGUACCACCUGGAAGUGACAACAAUACCGGGGGGUACUGACUCUGUAUUUCCAAUAAGUGUCUCGCAGCUCGAAAGGGCGCGGAAAUACAGACUCCCAGACAACCCUAAGCAUGCACCCACCCACGUAUUGGCUUUGAUCAAGAUUUCGAAACUCCAUUCCAACAUGGAUUUCCGCAUAUAUGUAGAUCCUUGGCAGUUAUAUCUAUCGGAUACAAUGCGCCUGAGUCGUGGAGCAACACUCGAAGCUAGAAUUCUAAGGCCAAGCGCAACGUUCCGAACUGUGUCACCGCCUCGUCGACGGAAACGAAGUCUUUUCAACUGCUUCAAGUCACCUGGACAAGAUGCUAGGGACAGGGAUGAUGACGGCUCUCUAGAGCUUGACUUCAGCAAUAGCAUUCAAAGACGGGACAGAAAACGCACAAAUUCGUACAAGUAUCGAUCUCUUGAAGGGGCCACAUACAUGCGAGUAUUGGCGAUUCUUCCCGGCUCCACCGACUCGGAAUUGCAAGGCGUCCUCCAUCAUGUUAAGUUGGGGUCUGCCGAGCCGUACAUGGCCCUUUCAUAUUCUUGGGGCACCCAGAAACCCAGCAAGUUGCUGAGGACACCGGAGGGGGUAAUUCAGUUGACACCCACGCUUCAUGCUGCCCUCGUAAAACUUCGGGAGACUGAUAGGCACACCAUGGUGUGGGUGGAUGCCAUAUGCAUCAAUCAAUCUGACAACAAGGAAAAAGUCGAUCAGGUUCGCCUGAUGGCAAAUAUAUUCAACACAGCCGCCCGUGUAGCCGCUUACUUAGGAGAGGAAGCUGACGACAGUGGUCAGGCGUUGCAGACAUUGGCGCAGGUUCACGCCAAAGUCACAUCUCCCAAAAACUGGCCCGUCGGGCUGCCAGCGAUUCCACAGUCGUGGGGAGAGGAAUACAUUCCCCCGGCUAAUGACCCGGUAUGGAAUUCUAUUACCGCGCUGUUCGCUCGAGCAUGGUUUCGGAGAGUUUGGAUUAUACAAGAAGCUGUGGUUGCCGCCAAAAUAACAGUCAUAUGUGGCGACUGGACUAUCGAUUGGAAUGACCUCGUCACUGCAGUGGAGAAUUGUGACAGUGAGAUCAAGUCUGGUGGUGAGCAAUACCAGGAUUUGCAUAACAUAUUCUCACAUUUUCGAAUACUAGUCCAACGGCGCGAUGACUUGGCCCGGGAGGAAACAUGGGCACUACUUGGUCUACUUGAAUUCUUCAGAUACGCAGAGGCAACAAGACAGCGUGAUCGCCUGUUCGCCCUGCUGAACCUGGCGGCUGACAAGGAUGAGCAACAAGGAUUUAAGCCCGACUACGAUUGCGCAUUUGAGGAUAUUGUGCUUCGCUACGGACGAGCAUUUGUUGCACAGGGCCGUACACUGGCAAUGUUAUACCACGCAGGGUUGAGCUCGAAGAGAGCCCUCAAGCCUGGUGAAGAUCCCAAUCGCUUCCCCUCUUGGAUACCAGACUGGACGAUUUUGAGACCCAAAGGUCUCGUGGAAUCUUUUAGGCGUGGUGUGCCGCGAGCGCCUCAGGUGAAACUCGCACUACGUGCGCGGUUUGAGGCUGGCGUUGACAACGAGCUCGUCAUCGGGGCCCUUCAUGCAGACAAAGUAGCCCAUGUCAGCAUUGAGGCAAACAUUCCAUCGCGAGCUCGCCAGUAUCUUCAAGAGAUUAGCAGCACCAUUGACAACCAUGAGGGAGAGUAUUUUCCACGCGAGCGUAAAUCGGAACUCAAGUGGAGAGUUCCCAUAGCCAAUGCUCAGUUCCCACAAAUAACACAUUCGGGCCUUGGCAGGCUAAAGUCAUCAUACCGAGCAUUAAUGAAUCUAUAUGAAGGCAAAAUCACCCCUGGAACAACUAGCACGUCUUCAAGGUUUGUGGAUGCAGCGGGUGAUAAGUCUGCCCAUGCAGCCAACAACGUUAUAGACGACUCUGUUUUGCAGUCUCACGAUGCAAAGAGCCAAGAUUACCUCAACACCUUACAUGGGUGUUUUGACGAGUGGAGGUUUAUAGUGACCAAAAGGGGCUACUUUGGGAUUGCUUCGCGACUGGUUCAAGUAGGAGAUGUUGUUAGCCUAUUUGGAGGCAGCGAGAUCCUCUUCCUUCUUCGAAGAGGUGAACAUGGGGCUCCGUGGCACAGCCUCAUCGGCGAUUGCUAUAUCCAUGGUAUUAGCUCGGAGUAUUUCGAUGAUAUUGAGGAAGAGGACGUUAGGUUACAUUAG